UAGUGAAAGCAAACCAUUUCUACACAGGCACUGUCCGGGGAAUGAGAGCCCAACAUGACCGGUGGUCUCUAUGUUGUUGUUCUUUUUUCUCUACUCCAUGUCUCGCUGAGUGUGGAAAUGACAGGGUUAUACGGCACCUUCACCUCUCCCAACUUCCCCCAGCCUUACCCUGACAACCAGCACGUAGUGUGGAACAUCACUGUCCCAGAUGGCCACAGGGUCAAACUCUACUUUACCCACUUCAGCAUGGAACUCUCAGACCAGUGUGAAUAUGACUACAUCCAGGUUUUGGCAGAGGGGAAUGAAACCUUGCGGUUCUGCGGAGAGGAAGGGAAGAACCAUGAAAGCACCCCGAGGAAUACAAUCAUCCUGUCAGCCCGAAACCUCAUGUCAGUGGUCUUUAGGAGUGACUACUCUAACGAGGGACGAUUCACCGGCUUCCAAGCAUUUUACACCUCAGAAGACAUCAAUGAGUGCCUGUCCAAGGUAGAAGGGGAGCGAGUGUGUGAUCAUUUUUGCCACAAUUACAUUGGUGGCUAUUACUGCACGUGCAGACAAGGAUACCUUCUCCAUGACAACAGAAGAUCCUGCACAGGUAAGAACGAUACAGAGCGAGGCUCAAGAGGCAUGUUUAUCUGAGCUCAAUCACUGUGGGUCAAAAGCUAUUUAGCAGGGUGCAGCGUUAAGAACUUGGUAUACAUUGUCUGACUAUAUUGAUUUGUAAUUAGGGUAUUUCUGGAGCUAAACACGCUACUGCUCACAUCCUCUCAAAUCUGAAACAGCAAACACUAUUUACAGUGAAGAAAAGCAGGUGUCUGACCUCUGCUUUGAGACAGCAACAACGCAUUCAAUUUCCCUGCAUUCACUGACGAUGUAAACACAUGAAAUGGCCUAAUCUUUCAGUUGGCACAGCAGCA